CCUGUAUAUUGACUGUGAUAUACAGAAGUACUUUUAGAUGUUUGCUUGGGGAUGCAACACAUCACAUAGAUGUUAAAAACAAAUACAGCAAAUUUAUGAGUGAUUGCUUUUGUAGCUUGCAGACUAGAUGGUUUGGAACUUGGUACAGUGUUACAAGUACAAAGAUAUUAUUCUCAGUUCUUAAAAGACACAAAACAUUUAUUUUGAAUGUAUCCCAACAUGGUUAAGAGGCUGCUAUUCUGCAUUCAAGAAAAAAAAAGUAAGCAGGAGCCAUUAUCAAGCUGAAAAAUAUUCCUUAACAAUGAUCCUCCUAUGAAAUUUAGCCCCUGCAGUCAAGCAGAGUAAAACAACGCUUAGGAGUUGUUAAAGGAUGUCUGAAAAGACCGCAAAUUGUUAGUUACUUAAUAGACUGUUGUGUGUUUUACUGCCAGACAGUGGGAGGAAUGCUUGUGGAAUCUUCUGCCUCAGGUGUCAAAAUAACAUCACCAGCCUUGGGUGUUGUGUCUCCACAAUGUGUCUAUGCAUGCUUAUGCACAUGUCCACCCCAGGGAGCAAACAUUCUAGAACUGGCCUGUUAGGAGAUCAGAUUAGAUUUCCAGGAGCUGAUUCAUCAUAUCAAAAGUGAACAGAGGAGCCUGUUGUUGUUUUCCCUUCCAGCGUCUUUAGCCAGGUUAAGCAGACUCAAAUUUUAUUCAUUCAUGCAUGCAUGCAUGCAUUCAUUUAGUCAUUCAUUUAACAAAUUUAUAUAGCUGCCCCUCACAUAAUGACACAGUGACUCUGGGCAAGUACAACAAAGCUAAACAAUAUAUAGAAAACAUUAUUAGUAUUGUUGUUUUAAAAUGUUAAAACUCUAAAAAAAAGCACAAAGCUAAAAGAGAAAAAAUAUAUUGGGUGAGGAGCAGAUGUUAAUAACAAUGAAGCCACCUCAAUAUUUCACCAUGCUCUUAGAGAACAAUGACACAAGAAAUAUAUAUAUAUAUUUCCCUUGUUUUUAAAUUUUGGAACAAAUGUUGGAGUUUCCAACAGGGCUAUGGUUUCUUUAAAUGAAUAUGGUUCCAAUUCCUGGGAGCUCAAAGUCACAGUUGAUCAUCACAAUGGAGAAGAACAAAAAGAGAUUGCCCUUCAAGUAUCGGGGGAGCUUCAUGUCGGAGGGUUGAUGCUCAGACUUGUGGAACAAAUUGGGAUAUCACAAGAUUGGUCAGACUAUGCCCUUUGGUGGGAGCAAAAGAAAUGCUGGCUUCUGAAAACUCAUUGGACCCUAGACAAAUAUGGAGUGCAAGCAGAUGCUAUACUCUUGUUUACCCCUCAGCACAAAAUUCUUCGCCUUCGCUUACCAAGUAUGAAAAUUGUGAGACUGAAUGUCAGCUUCUCCUCCGUGGUAUUCAGGGUUGUCGGGGACAUCUGCAAGAGCCUUGGUAUUAGGCGAUCAGAAGAACUGUCUCUGCUGAAGCCAACCAAUGAGACAAAAAAGAAAAAAAGAAAAGACAGAGAGAAGGACAAAGACAAAGAACCAGUCAUAGAAGAUGUUUUAAACCUGCACAAUUCACCAGUGAGUUUGGGAUUGCCAGCCAGUCCUGGUUUAUAUAGCAAGACCAUGACCCCGACUUACGAUCCCAUUACUGGUUCACCUCUCCCUUCCACCAUUGCAUGGUUCAGUGACAGCCCCUUGGCACAACAGAGCUGGACCACCCUUGCGUUUAGCCAUCCUAACUGUGCACCAGAGACACUCGCCAAAAUGUAUCAGCCUCGGACAUUGGUCGACAAAGCCAAUCUGAAUGCCGGCUGGUUAGAUUCAUCUCGAUCACUUAUGGAACAAGAUAUCCAGAAGGACGAUCAACUUCUACUCCGUUUUAAAUACUAUGAUUUCUUUGAUUUGAAUGCAAAAUAUGAUGCAGUACGGAUCCACCAGCUAUAUGAGCAAGCUCGCUGGACUAUUCUGCUGGAAGAAAUAGACUGCACAGAAGAAGAAACCUUCAUUUUUGCUGCAUUGCAGUACCAUAUCAGCAAGUUGACUUUAUCAUCAGGAUCCCAAGACUUCACAGUUGAAAGUGAAACUGAUGAAGUGGAAGCAGCACUUUCCAAUCUUGAAAUAACAUUAGAAGGUGGAAGAUCAGAGAACAUAUUGGAGGAUAUCACAGACAUUCCAAAGCUUGCUGAUAACCUCAAACUAUUUAGAUCCAAAAAGCUGAUGAUGAAAGCCUUCAAGCAAUAUUGGUUUGUCUUUAAAGACACAUCCGUGUCUUACUUUAAAAACAAAGAAGCUGAACAUGGAGAACCUAUUGAGAAGCUUAACCUAAGAGGAUGUGAAAUUGUCCCAGAUGUAAGUGUGUCAGGGAAAAAAUAUGGGAUUAAAUUACUCAUCCCAGUUGCUGAUGGAAUGAAUGAAAUACAUUUGAGGUGUGGUGACGAAGAGCAGUAUGCCAGAUGGAUGGCUGCUUGUGCACUGGCUUCCAAAGGGAAAACAAUGGCAGACAGUUCUUACCAAUCCGAGGUGCAUAACAUCCUCUCACUCUUGAAAAUGAAAAGCAGAACAGCUGCACCCCAAGAAGUUUCGGAUGUAGAAAGCAUGGACCUGAAACCAGAAUGCUUCCUCUCGCCACGAUAUGCUAAGAAAUAUAAAUCUAAGCAGCUAGCAUCUCGCAUUCUAGAAGCCCACCACAACAUCAUUCAUCUGUCUCUUAUGGAAGCCAAACUGAGGUUUAUCCAGGCAUGGCAAUCACUUCCAGAAUUUGGCUUAUCCUAUUAUGUUGUAAGGUAA